GAUUUUAGGAUAAGGCAUACAGCAAUGAAAAUAAUGCGCAACAAUUUGUAUCUUUCUUUUUACCAUUAAAAAUAAUACAAGUGAAUAUAUCAUGAAUUUCUUCAUGCUUGUUUACAUUGACAUCUUGUUUUUUUCAAAAGUUUCCAUUCAGCGGAGAUCGUGUGCGGCCUGGAGUUCCUGCACAACUGCGGCAUUGUUCAUCGGUCAGUAUAGAUCUUAUCUGCCUAAUAUUUCUAUUGGGUUAUCUAUAUUUUAUCACUUUACAUUGCUUCCAACCUUCAGUUUCUAUAUCUGUUUGAUUUAUCUUAUCUGCCUCUACAUAUACUCCCUUUUUCUAUAUUACAGAGAUCUCAAGCCUGACAACAUCCUGCUGGACCAGGACGGCCAUGUUAAAAUAUCAGACUUCGGCCUGGCAGUUCCUAACGUGUUCGGUGACAAGACCAUCAGUGGCCGGGCAGGAACAUUGUGGUACAUGGCUCCAGAGGUCCUGCAAGGGCAGAGAUACAAUGCUGCAGUGGAUUGGUGGGCACUUGGAAUCAUCAUGUGUCAAAUGGCUUCUGGGGACUCCCCCUUUUAUGAAGGCAACGAUAGGGAGAAGGUCAUCAGCUCUAUCAUCAAUGAUGAGCCCAGGAUUCCUCGUUGGCUGAAUGACGAUCUCAAGGAUCUUCUGAGAAAGCUCCUGGAGAAGGAUCCAAAUCAGCGCCUUGGUGCUCAUGGGAAUAUAAAAUACCACCUAUACUUCUCUGGAAUCGAAAAAAGUACCACUCCCUUUCCAGCUAAGAGCACCUCCAAUGGAGCCUCUCAUGCCAUCUGA